AUGUCCACCAAGCAAAUCAUCAGCAGCGAGAAGUACCCUCUCAAGCCCCACAACUCCCCUGCCGUGAAGGUCCCUGGCCUCAUCUUUGCGUCCGGUCAGGUCGGUACCGGUGACAUCGAGACUGCCACUAAGCAGUCCGUUGCCGCCCUCAAGGAUGUGCUCGAGCUUGCUGGCUCCUCACUCUCCGCCAUCGUCAAGCUCAACAUCUUCUUGGCUGACAUGAACGACAUGGUCGCCAUGAACGAUGUCAUUGUGCCACUCCUUCCCGAAGGCCCCAAGCCCGCCAGAACCUGCAUCCAGGCGGGCAAGCUUCCUGGUGGUCCGACCGCUCGUAUCGAGAUCGAGGCGAUUGCCCAGGUGUAA